UCGUCCUGAAGGAAUAGACUCUCCUCCUCCGCGUUCCUCUUCCUCCUCCUCCUCCGCAGCCUGAUUCUGACACAAGCGGCAUGCCUGCAAACUGAGAGACGCAAUAAAAGAGACACAAUCCGGCUACGAGGCUCACGUUUUGUGUUUUAUUUCUUCUCGUCGAAGAAGGAGUGGGGUGAUUAAAUCACUGCGCCAAGGCUUUUUGGAAAGAUUUGGAGCAAGAUCAAAACCAGGUCUGUCCCUGAUAACGUGGUUGCUGAAGAAAGAGAACACAGAACUGCUUCAUCAUGAAUUUUGUAAUGAAAGCUGCCCUGGGAGGAGGGCCCCCUGAUGUUGGAAAGAUGCUGGGUGGAGAGGAGAAGGAGGAAGAUCCUGAUGCAGCAAAGAAAGAGGAGGAGCGACAGGAAGCACUGAGGCAGCAGGAGGAGGAAAGGAAGGCCAAAUAUGCUAAGAUGGAGGCUGAGAGGGAAAUGAUGAGGCAAGGCAUCAGGGAUAAGUACGGCUUGAAGAAGCGGGAGGAGGCUGAAGCAGAGGCAGCAGCUGCUGCAGAGGAGCCUGCAGAGGGUAGCUUGACUCGACCCAAGAAGGCUGUGCCAGCUGGCUGUGGAGAUGAAGAGGAGGAAGAGAGCAUCAUGGACACAGUGAUGAAGUACCUGCCAGGCCCUCUGCAAGACAUGCUGAAGAAGUAAGUUAGCCAGCAAGCUAAUGCUAACAUUGGUUUAUAGGCUACAUUCACAAGGUUGGCUUGAGUCUUUUUUUCCUACCCAACAUACCAGAAAGGUCAGUGAAGUUGGAAAUUCAAGAGUUUUUUGAUGUUGGCGCACAAUAAAGUUUUAUGGUGGGAGAAUUAAUUAAAUGUGACACAACAGAAUGAAGCGCAUCCACUAUUCUAAGCUAGCUGACUCAACUGCCAGGUGAAUGUUAGCUUGAUUGAAGCUAAUGUUAGCUAUGCGUUUUGAAGCUAACCUUUGAAGCAGAGGGCUAAAGACACAAGUUAGAUGGUUUACCCUUCUAGUCUAAGAGGUUUUAAACUUCUUUUUCUCCUCUGCAAUAGCUGCACCACUGUCUUGCAGCACUGAAAAGUAAUUGUCCACCACCUUCACUUAAUUUGUACAUAAAUAUAUAGAUAGCAAGCCUCAAGGUGGGCAAACAAUCAUAGAUAUUAUAUGAUAAUAUUAUUCUGUGUGUCUGUCACUAAAACAAACAAAAAAGUUAACUUGAUAAGCCAUAUUUUAAAAAAAAUGUCAUUAAAAGAAUUAUGUUGUGUGGUCCUCGAGUUCCUAUGUUACGUGUUCAACCAUGUCGGAAAUUUUAUGUAAAACCUUUUGCACAGUGUAACACCUUAUUUGUAAAACCUGUUGUCUAUCUUUCAGAAACACUCCUCAAAUGCAUUACAUGUUUAUGUAGUAAAGUGUUUAGAAAUGUUUCUAUUUCCUUGCUCAGUGUGUCUCUUUCUUAUUGCUUGCAUGCCAUUUGUCUGUUGUGUGAAUAUGUAUCCAAACCCAACUGAUGCCCAUUUAUCCUCUUUAUCAUGCAAAA